AUGGCUGAAAAGAUGAGCAUGUUUCCUCCUCCCCCUCCCCCUCAAUGGGCCGUCGACAUGAACUCCGCCGCCCCCAGCAGAGCACCAAAAUCCGCCUCCUUCCCUGAUCCUCCAGGCUACUCCGCUCCUAAGCCUGUGUCCAAGCCGUCGUCAAGCACGUCCUCAGCUCCCCGUAAGACCGAGACCGAUGCGCUUAAACUGAAGAAAGCAUGGGAACUAGCCCUGGCUCCAGCUAAACAAUUACCGAUGAACGCUAUAAUGAUGUACAUGUCUGGCAACAGUUUACAAAUAUUCAGUAUCAUGAUGGUGUUUAUGCUUUUCAAGGGACCGAUUACCGGGAUAAUAGGGACAAACGCCGCUUUUGCCAAGUUGGAGUCGGAGAGUAUUCGAGGGCAGAUGGUGGCUGUCAAGGUCGUUUACGUAGCGAUGCAGUGUGUACUCUUGGCACUGGGUGUAUGGAAGGUCAACGGGAUGGGGUUAUUACCGACGGCAAGAUCUGACUGGUUGGCGUGGGAGACGGAACGAAGUCCGCUGGAACGGGUCUAUUUCGCCUUUAAAUGA